UUGCUUGCACAGCAGAUUGAGGUGGGGAUGCUGGCACCCCUUUCCACAGUCCCUGUAAUCCCUGGCAGCCUUGUUCCCCUAGACUACACCAAAGAAUCGACUCUGUCCCCUCAGCCAACUGAAGCUCCAACACCACCGAGUCUGGAUUUUGAAGGCCCGGGGCUGUUUGGACCUGAUACUGGACUGGGCAUGCCCACCUGCCUGAUGUGUCUGUGCAUCAGAAGCAGUGUGUAUUGUGAUGACUCUCACAUAGACAAGAUUCCCUUGCUGCCCAAGGAAACCGCCUACUUCUACGCCCGCUUCAACAAGAUCAAGCAUGUGAAAGCCACAGACUUUGCCAACCUCAGGAGCUUGAAGGUCAUUGACCUGACUGGUAACAAGAUCUCAGAUGUGGAAGACAAUGCUCUUCGUGAUCUGCCUAGACUGCGAGAGCUGAUAUUGUCCGACAACCAGUUGCAGGCACUACCAGAGCUGCCCACCUCCCUCAAAAGUAUUGAUGUCAGGAACAACCUGCUGACAAGUGCUGGUAUCCACCCAGGUGCCUUCCAGGACCUGUCCCACCUGGAGUUUGUGUAUCUGUCCCACAAUCGGUUGGACUAUGUGCCCACCCCCCUGCCCGAAAGCCUGCGUGUUCUCCAUCUCCAGUACAACAACAUUCAGAGCCUACAUGAAGACACGUUCUGCAAUCGUCACGAGCUCAGUUACCUACGCCGUGCACUGGAAGACAUCAGGCUCGAUGGCAAUCCCAUCAAUCUCAGCCACUAUGCCCAGGCCUAUGUUUGCUUGCCCCGUCUUCCAGUGGGACGCAUGCUGUGA